AUGACGUUCGCUUUUGUGGCACAAAUUAUCAGAUACUUGACAUUUAGAAGGUUGAAUUUCACCACGCAAAAUUUGCCAUCACACGAAAUUAUGAGAAGGAAGAAGAGAAAGGGGUCUCAAUUGACGGUUCGACUCAGAGGUACAGUGGCAGCCACAAACAAACCCAGCAAGAUAAUUAUCGUCCACAAUCGCCGUAAAAAGAACAGCAACAAAAACAGCACCGAUGAUGACGAUGAAGAUGACGAUGACGACGAAGUUAUCACGUCGUGCGAGUACAGUCGUGGCAAAAAGUGGAGUAAAGUGAGACACCGGACAGAUACAGUUGUGGACGAAAGUUUGGAACUGUUCAUUAAUGGUGAUGAUGACGACGACGAUGACGAUGAUGACAACAACAACGAUGAUGAUAAUGAUAAUAUAAGACACGAUGGCGAUGAUGAUAAUGAUGAAAAAGAAGAUAGUCUUGGUAAUGUUAUUAGAACCGGUGCAGCCGACAACUUGAGAGUCCAUCUUCCUGACGUCAUUGAUCACGUGACCGAGUAUAAGCCGCACGCUAAUCAACAACGAGCUAGAAACAAACAAGAACUACAUCGACUCAAGUAUAAUAAACAAAAAACAACCAAAAACAUUACCGCUGACACAGACACCAACAACCACAACAACAACAAAAACACUAACAACACCACAAACGAAACGACAACACAACUCACAUACUUGAAAAAACAAAAAUCAAAUUCGUUGUUGUUGCUGGCAGCAGAUAGCAAAGAACAAUUAAUCGUCAAGAGUAUUUCUUUUAUCGUCCUUCGUGUUCUUGACUUGAAGUAUGUGCCGCUCGCCCAGAAUGAAGUGUACUUAACACGUGAAAAAAUACUAAACACGGAGAACAACAACUACAGAAUUUGUUGCAGCAACAGUAAAAGUAGCAGCAGCAGUAAAAGUAGUAAUAGUGGUAAUAAAAGUAGUAGCUGUAGUAGUUGUAGUUGUUGUUGCGCUAUUUUCAGAGCAUGUUUUCGCUUUCUCAAUAAUUGCCUAUGCUUCCACUCAUUCUGUUGCGCCAAUAGAAAAAAUGGCUCCAGUAAAAUUGGUAAAAAACAACGACACAGGAAAAAGUUUCAACAACACGGAAACAACAACAUCAAUGACAGCAACAGCAAACAUUAUUGUUACAACAACAACAGUAACAGCAAAAUUUGCACAGAUUUUCUCAAAAAUAACAUCUCUCAACUAGAACUAUUGUCAAUUAAAAGUGGUGACGGCAGCCACAAAAACGGCGCUGACACAACCACAACAGCUACUAGCGCCACCACAACAGCCACCAAUACUAUCGACGACAAGAGCCACAAAUCAGCGAAGUGUCCUUCAACACACGAAACAACCUCCGCACAAACUACUUCAUCAAAAACCAAUAUUAGCAGCGACAGUAGUAGCAGUACGUGCGUCAUGAAAAAUAACAACGACAACAAAAUUAACUACAACAACCCAAAUUACAGCAACACAAAAAACCACAACAACCUUAACAACGACAACAAUGAAACAAUUUUAAUUGCUGACAAAAUUGAAAAUAGCCGUACUGUCGACAAAAUAAUGCCCCAACAAAAAAUCAACAAAUCAAUUAAAAACAAACAACAACAACAACAACAACAUCAACAUCAACAAAAUGAAAAAUUUGUUUGUAGUUUGCAGCUGGAGAAGACAGGAUUCGUGCCUGGUGAAGAUGUAAAUGUAACGGCAGGCGUUGAAAAUUUAAGCUAUAAAUACAUUAGAUCUACCUACGUAGCUCUCAAACAAAUAGUACGACUACGUUGGAAUUUCCCGCGAAAAUCGAAAGUCUCAUCACGUGACGCGAAGCAGUUUCUAUGUCAGAAAUACACAAAAGACGUAUUCAGGGUAUCGGGAGGGGUUUUGAACCCGGGAGAUACGGCAUACUACCACGACAUCGUGCACAUACCGCCUCUGCCACCUACGCACCUUUCAUCGUCUGCUAUUUUGGCAAAUGUCACCGAUGUCAACAUUAUUAGUGGUGAAGGUACUGGCAGUGGUUGUUAUGGUGUAAGGGGUACUGGUUGCUAUGGUGGUAUUGAUGGUGAUUGUGUUGGUGGGGGUAGAGGAGGUGGGGAAUCUGCUGUUGGUGACUUGGAAGGCAUCGGUGGAGAAAAACAAAUUGUGGAAAUUUCCUACGCUGUAACGGGCAAAACAAAUACAGCAGUUUUUUUAGUCCCUAUCGGUUUGUUCCUGGGAGAGAAAGGAGGGAAAAAAAUUGAAUUGAAAGCCGGCCCGAAUUUAAAUUUUAAAUGCCCUACAGUCGGUAUUAUGUACAAGGACAAGUCGAACUUUGAGAUCCGACAGCCAAUAACCAUCGGAACAUCACCGCUCACAGACAUUCAAUCACCAUGGGCAACAUUGGUCCCAUCUUACAGCAGAUACAGUCAUUCCAGUGGCGAGAUUGAAGAUUACACCGAAGAUGAUAUGAACAACGGAAAGACCAACCAUGUCUAUAAAUACUACAAAGUUUUGUUCCAGGGAAAAGUGACUUAA